UUCCAAGUGUGUUGUGAGUGUCAAACUGGUCCUAGGUCAGCCCAGCUUUUCGUGCGUUGUUGGGGGUCACGUGUCCAGGACUGCCAAGUCGACCAUGUGGAGCAGCAAGAUGGCGGCGCAGUGGAGGCCCAUAGACGAGGCUUUAAAUGCCGGCAACGUGGACUUUCUGAGCAUCAGGAGCCCUUGCCAGAUUGGUUCGUGUGGAGGCACCAUGGGUACAGAGGACAUGGACACGCAGUCCUGUAUGGAACACUCCAUCUUGGCCAUUUUUGAGGAGCCCGCUGCUUCAUCAGAGGACACAAGGCAAGCGGAAGAAGAAAGCGAGACCUUGCUGUCUGCUCUGAAUCAGAUGUUAGAGUGUGUGGAGGAUGAUGUCGGCAGCACGCUUUCUCCCUUUGACAUCCUGCCUGACACCAAGCUCCUCAACUGUCAGGAGUUUGGGAACAACAUGACUACUGAUGAGGUAGCCUUUACCGCCAAACUUAGACCGAGAACCACAAAUGGCGCAGGAAAAGAAGACAAGAGCAAAGUAGCCAGACUUCAGCCAGUCUUCCAACACCAAAGUCGGACAUUGUUUCAAGGUCCAAAUAAGAAAGCAGAUACUCAAGUGAACAUCUUUACUACAUCUUCUCUGGUCAACCUAGUGAAACUCAUGCAUCCCUAUUGCCUUAAGAUGCAUGUGGAGGAGGAGGGGAGAGACCACCGGGGCACAGCUGGACCACUAUCGCCCUGGGACAAACUACAGCAGAAACACACAAUGUUCUCCCAGGGAGAAGUAUGGAAGUAUAAGAAGCCAACUGCAGACAGUGAUGAAGACAUUAAUGUCGUAUCUGAUGAUGAUGAUACCCCCCUGAAAGAGAGAGAAGGUAAAGAGGGGAUUGCAAAAAAAGAGAGCAGCGCACCACUAAAAAGCGCAUUCCUCACGAGCAAAUCAUCCAAAGGUCUGUUCCCCAAAGCAAAGAAAAAAGUCAGUUUCGGCCCCGUUCAAGUGGCUUCAUUUGAUCAGUCUGUGGAGGUUGGAUUUGAUGAGAAGACUCUCCCAAGCGUCGCCGCUGCAGAUACACCCAACGACCCAUUACUUGUAGCCCCAACAACAGCAUCGAUAUUAUCAGACUUAAAUAACCAGGCUGAGGCUCCACCACCAAAAGGUGAGGGCAAAGCCAAAUCGCUAAGCCUCCAAGAGUACAGGCAGAUGAGACAGAAAAGGCAGCCUCUGGUGGAGAAAAAGGGGAGUAACACGACCAGGUGGCCCUCUGUUCCCAAGCCCCCCAAAGAACUGACCCCCAUUCUCUGUUCACAUGGGCAGAGACAAAACCUCUGUGAGAUGAAGUCUUCACUCCACCUGAUAGAAAAGUCUACAAUCAGUCCGGAUCCACGCCAAAGAGCUCCUUGCAAGACAACAUGUCGUCAUCCUCCCGGACCACUCGACAAGAAGCCAUUGUUGGCUGUUCGGCAUCGCAGAUCCAAAUCACCUCAAAGUGAAUCUGAACAUACCUCACUUGAUGGUUCAAAGUGCAGUGAUGAGCACAGAGACCCCCCAGUUAAAGGAGCUGCAAGCAAGACAAGUCCAUUAAAGAAUCGGACACCGCUCAGCACUGAUCCCCCAAACCCUGUCAUCAUUCACUUGCCUGUUAGCCCGAUGCCCAACCCAUCUAAUUCUCACUCUUCUCUCAUGUCCAGCGUUGAACACUCAGUUGCAGCAUCACAAAUACCACAGUCCACUGUGGAACCUCAUUCGAGUAAUGAAGUGGAGUGCUACUUCCCAAUUACGCCUCAAACAAAAUCCAGUUCAGAAUGCAGGAAACCACAAAACCUCAUGCCUCAUAUUUCUCAGUCAGUAAAUUCGGAUCCAGUAACGUGUGACCAAGGCCAGUCAGUCAGGAAAGUGUUAGCAGAGGGCCCCACAGGAUGUUCUCUUUCCGAGAAAGCACGACCAUCAUUUCAACAUACCUGUCGCAACCUAAGUGCUGCAGCUGAGUCAGGGAUUGAAGCCUGUGACCUUACCAGCUUGUUGGAGCAGUUUGAGGAGAAACAAACUGAAGAGGCCGAUCCAGCUAUAUUUUCAAAUGCUUUACCCGCAAAUCUGCACAAAGACACUGAGAGGAACUCUAUGCCUAUGCAGACCUCCACGAAAGAACCCAAACCUGUCAGAACUUUGUACUCCAUGAAAGCAAAACGCGCCAUCAAAUAUCUGGAGCGCCAAAGAAACUUGGAACAAGUCGCUCCUGAGCCUGUCAGCACUGAAGUCAUUCUCGACACUCAGGAAGUUGUCAGUGUAAAACGGAGAACACCAGCAUCCAAGGGCAUUCAGAUCAUUGAUCCUCGCCCUUUGCCAUGCAGGAAGACAAACGCGACAGAUCUCGCUGCACCUCCUCACAUAUGUUCAUCGGUGUCCACAGAUCACGAUUACUGCAUGCCUGUGGAUGAUUUGCAUCCAAGAGCCCCUCCUUCUCUUCUCAGGAACACUCGUGAAGUGGAAGAGACCUCCUCUUUUGUUAAGUGCAAUCAAAUCUCCAUCAUGAAAUGUGACUCUCCCGUCAGAACUGAUGAGAAAUACCAGUCAGCCUCAUCCACUUGCACCCCGACAGCCCCUUCAUAUACCCAACUUACACCUCCACCCAGCCCUCCGAGCAGAGGGCGAGAGAAGAGGAGAUACUCGAGAAGAUCCCCACUCUCUGACGUUUGCUCGUCAUCAUCGUCCAGCUCUCCAUCCCGCUCCCCAAAAAGGUCCCAUUGUGAGCAUUCAGGAAGCAGGUCUUGGUCAUCGUCCCCUUCUCGCUCCGCCUCCCCUUCCCCGCCUCGGCGCCGCAAACUGUCUUGUACGUGUUUAACAUCUAACAGAUCGAGACCCCAAUCAUGGUCUCGCUCCCGGUCGCCGUCUCCUUCCUCACCAACUUUUCAUACGCGCAGGAGAAACGUUUACAGAAAGUCCUGGAAACUGAAGAGGGAACACAAGGCAAGACUUCAGAAGCUGAAAGCCAUAGAUGAGCGCAGAGUUGUGUACGUCGGCCGCAUCCGCAGGUCCAUGACGCACGAUGAACUGAGGGAGCGCUUCUCUUAUUUCGGAGAAGUAGAAUGCGUGUCGCUGCACUUUAGAGAUCAAGGUGACCAUUAUGGCUUUGUUACGUUCUACCGCAUGGAUGAUGCAUUUGCAGCCAUCGACAAUGGUGCAAAACUAAGAAGACCCGAUGAGCUGCCCUUUGACAUCUGCUUUGGAGGCAGAAGACAGUUUUGUAAUUCAGACUAUGCCGAUUUAGAUGCAAAAGUGGAUGCAGAGCCGUCUCCAGCCAAGAGCAGGUUUCAGGAGCUUGACUUUGAUUCGUUACUGAAACAAGCCCAAAGAGGACUGAGGUAGCAGUGCAGAGGAGAGGAUCGCAGAAGAGAGAACGACACCAACUUCAGAACUUUUUGCUCGCACUUAUGUUGCCUAUUUCAGUGUCUACUGCUCCCUACGGACCCCCCGCCCCAUGAACAGUGACGUGGUGCGGUUUGUCGCUGCUGAGGUUCGGACUGAUAUUAUAAGCACGUUUACAAAAUAAGCCAAACAUACUUGCAGCUUUGCCGUUAAAUUAUUAGCCACACAUUUGCAUCGGGGCGGCAGCCACAAAACGCAACAUUUGUCUCAAGACUGGCUCUGCAUUUGAGGUGUGCAUUUUUUUUCUUCCUACUAAUCAAAAUAUUCAGUGACAUCGGAGCUAUCCAUACAUAAGAUAACCUUUAUUUGUCCCACACUGGGAAAAUUCGCAAAUUACAUACUUAGGUAUUUUUUUUAUGCCCUCUAUAGACCAUAACGGCAGUAUUAUACCAAUAGGAAAACUUAA